GCGGCCGCUCCGCCCCCGCGCCCGCCCGCCACUCGGCCCGCCAUGGCGCUCUCGCAGACCGGGACGCUGGAGCCCGAGGGGCUGUCGCCGCGCACCCAGCAGCGGAUGCAGGAGUCCACCCCGACGGGGCCCGGCCAGCCGCGGCUGAGCCCGCAGCGGGGCGAGCGGCGAGCCGGUGUGGCGCAGCAGCUGCGGGUGCUGCUCACGCCGAUGGCCGUCGCGGGCCGCCGCAUGCCCCAGAAGCGGCUGCUGGGCGCCUACGGCGGGGCGGCGGAGGGCAGGGCGCCGGGCGGCAAGCGGCUCUGCCUGGAGCCCAGCCCGGAGCCCAGCCCGCCCCCCGGCAGCCCGGCCGCCAGCGGCUCGGACGGCGUUUUGGACGCGGACAGCGACGGGAGCGAUGGAGGCGACGCUGCGCUGGAUGGAUACUCACAGUUAUCAGCUUAUGAAAGGAAAAGACUAAAGAACAUUACAGAAAAUGCUAAAUUCUUCGCUGCUUUAAAGUUGCAUGAGUCAGCUGCAAGACUUUACCAAAUUACAACUAAAAGACAAUCUCGUGUCACCAAAAGAGAUAAGCCUAAAAAGGUAGAAGAUGAAACAGUACGGCGAAGAUCUAUGCGUUUACAAAGAGUAGAGCCGUCAGGAAUUCCAAUGCCAGAGAUGAUGCCUGCCCAGCCAGGAGCAGAGGAAUAUCCUCAAGUUCCAGCCGGACCUUUGCCAAUGGUUCAAGAUCAGAUGGAGAACAGUAAAUUAAUGGAGGAGUUACUGACUACAUGGAUGAGGAUAAGUGAGAUGAAAGCUAAUGAUACUGAAAAGCGCAUGCCUGGCCUGCAAAGAUACCAAGACAGCCUGAACAGCAUGGUCCUCAGUGAAGAUAACAUUAAAAAGGUUGUGAAAUACCGAGUAUGCUCUAUGGCUAUCCAUCCUUCUGAAAGCCUUAUCUUUGUGGCAGCUGGAGACAAGUCUGGGCAGAUUGGUCUCUGGAAUGUGGACUGUAAAUCUGAAGCAGCAGCCUAUGUCUUUAUUCCACAUAGCUAUUCGGUCAGCUGCAUGCAUUUUUCUCCGUUCAAUCCUGCUCACUUGCUGUCUCUAAGCAGCGAAAGUCUGCGAUGUGGCGACGUCACUAAAGCUGUCUUUGAUGAGAUAUGGAGAAGUGAGGAAAACUUAUCUUCCUUUGACUUUUUGGAAGAUAAUGCCGCCACUGCAAUAGUAGGGCACUGGGAUGGCGAUGUCGCUGUUGUGGACAGACGGACCCCAGGAACAUCUUCGGAGCUUUCUGCAGACAUUGGCUUCAAAAGAACAAGGACAGUCCACGUUCAUCCGGUGAAUAAACAGUAUUUCGUUGCUGCUGGCUCAGUGGAUGUUUGUAUUUAUGAUGUUCGAUACCUGAAGCCCAAGGGGAACAAGCCUGUGAGCUCUCUCAAAGGACACACGAAAAGUGUCGCUUCAGCGUAUUUCUCGCCUGUCACUGGGAACAGAGUUGUGACAGUGUGUGCUGACGAUAAGCUGAGGAUCUACGACACCACCUCUUUGUCGUCAGCGGUCACAGUUCUCAGUACUGUCAGUCAUAACAAUAACACAGGCCGCUGGUUAACCAGGUUCAGAGCAAUCUGGGACCCUAAGCAGGAAGACUGCUUCGUGGUGGGCAGUAUGGCGCGUCCAAGGCACAUAGAAGUCUUCCAAGAUACCGGAAAACUGUUGCACACUUUUUAUAACCUUAACUGCCUUGCUUCCGUGUGUUCCAUUAAUGUUGUUCAUCCCAGUAAGAACGUCUUAGUGGGCGGCAACUCCAGUGGCCGCCUUCAUGUGUUCAAAGAAUAAGAAAAGUGCCUCAGAUAUUUUUUUUUUUCCUUCGUGCAUUAAAUUUGUUUAAUCCUUAUUAAGCUGUUCCUAAGCUAACUGUAUUUUCUCAGGGCAAAAGUGUAUUUUAAAAGCUUUAGAAUAAAUCUUCUAAACUAC